UCCUCCUCCUCCUCCAGCCCUUGUGUGGGACUCCAUUUUCCCAGCCCCAAAGUCUCCAAGGGAAGGGGGCCGUGGGAGCGCGCAGCCAAGAUGGAAUAGUAGAGAUCUCUAGAUCUGCAUAUAGCUAUCUAUAGAUCUAUAUAUCUAUACAAAACCCAGCCGUGCCUCGGCGACGUCGCCCGGGCGCCUCCGGAUUUGGGCAGCGUUAGGAUCGGCGUCUUUGUGUGCGCGCUCGCUCGCGCUCGGCUGGACAGUUUUCGCCUUGGUGGCUUUUUGCGCCCCCGCGGAAUGGAUGACCAAGGGAGGCUGAUCCAAGCUCGGGGGGCCGUGGGGCUCCCGCCGGGCCAUCCCGCCGUGCCGGGGGUCCCCAGCAUGACCCCCCACUCCCUCCACGAGCCCCCCUCGGAUAACGGCGAGCCGCGCAAGCAAGACAUCGGCGACAUCCUGCAACAGAUCAUGACCAUCACUGACCAAAGCUUAGACGAGGCGCAGGCAAAGAAACAUGCCCUGAAUUGUCACCGCAUGAAGCCAGCUCUCUUCACCGUCCUCUGCGAAAUCAAAGAAAAGACAGGACUGAGCAUCCGAAGCUCCCAGGAGGAGGAGCCGGUGGACCCCCAGCUGAUGCGCUUGGACAAUAUGCUGCUGGCCGAGGGGGUGGCUGGCCCAGAGAAAGGGGGUGGGUCUGCGGCAGCGGCAGCAGCGGCCGCGGCAGCAGGGGGGGUGUCCCCAGAUAACUCCAUUGAGCACUCCGAUUACCGCAACAAGCUCUCCCAGAUCCGCCAAAUCUACCACUCCGAGCUGGAGAAAUACGAGCAGGCCUGCAACGAGUUUACGACACAUGUGAUGAACCUCCUUCGGGAGCAGAGCCGCACGCGCCCCGUGUCGCCCAAGGAGAUUGAGCGCAUGGUCAGCAUCAUCCACCGGAAGUUCAGCUCCAUCCAGAUGCAGCUGAAGCAAAGCACCUGCGAGGCUGUCAUGAUCCUGCGAUCCCGCUUCCUCGAUGCCAGGCGGAAGCGGCGCAAUUUCAGCAAGCAGGCUACGGAGGUGCUUAAUGAGUAUUUCUACUCUCACCUGAGCAACCCUUACCCCAGCGAAGAGGCCAAAGAGGAGCUUGCCAAGAAGUGUGGAAUCACAGUCUCACAGGUCUCAAACUGGUUCGGGAACAAGCGCAUCCGCUAUAAGAAGAACAUCGGCAAGUUCCAAGAGGAAGCCAAUAUUUACGCCGUGAAAACGGCUGUCAGCGCCGCACAGAGUGGGGGCGACUCCCCCAACACCCCCUCCUCCGCGGGCUCCGGCGGUUCCUUCAACCUCUCCAGUUCUGGGGAUAUGUUCAUGGGCCUUCAGGGUCUGAAUGGAGACUCGUAUCCCACAUCACAGGUGGAAUCGAUGCGUCACUCGAUGGGGCCAGGGGGCUACGGGGACAGCAUGGCUGCCAGCCAGAUGUACAGUCCACGAGAAAUGAGGGCCAAUGGUGGCUGGCAAGAAGCGGCCACCCCAUCCUCUGUGACCUCCCCAACAGAAGGUCCUGGUAGUGUCCACUCUGACACCUCCAACUGAUCCUGCUGGGCUGCGCUCCCUCCUCUGUCGUUUUCUUCCUGGCUCCAGUGAGGGGGGGGAUUAACCCUAGUGCUGAACUAGGCUGGGCAGGGAAAGAACGCGUCUUUUCUCCCACCUGGCAUGAGAUCACUGCACCACCCGCAGUGCCGGGGCAGGGGAGGGAGGCAAGUACAGCAUCUCUUGGCAUUCAAGGUGGCAACACUCCAUGGGGACGAUGAAUUCAAGAUGGCACCUGUUGUGAUCCAAGAUCCUUCCAUGAUCCUGAACGGCACCUCUUAAUAAGCAAGAUGCAACUCUAGAAGCGGUGAAGGGGACCCAAGACGGUGGGAGGUGGGGUGGGGAGCGGGUGGGAGGGGCUAUCUCAAGCGGUCCAUCUGCUUGGAGGGGCUAGGCAGAGGAGCUAAUGUACCUGCAAUGCGAUAUCAUAAUCUGCUGGCUCAGCCUUGUAGAUAAGCACACCUGCCUGAGGGGCUUCGAGAUGGCAUCUAGACUGCUUAUCGUGGGAUUACGAUUCAAGAUGGCAGCACCAACGGGUCUCUUUGUAGUAGGGUGAGCAGAGACGUUGGCCGAAGAGGGCUUAAGUUGGCAUCUCUCCAUGAUGGGAUGAUUCCAAGAUAGCAAACUGUGGUGUCUUCCUGUCGAGAUUUGAACAUGGCUUGUAUAUAUGAAAGAGAGAAAGAGAGAGGGGAAAUCAGGCACGGAUCCUGUCUGGACUCAAGGUGGGCAUCUCCUUUGCUGGUGCUGACCAGAGACACCAACAUCCUUAUGAAAUUAUUUUGGCGGAAAACGAACAUGUAAGGCGAUACAAGGGCCUCGCUGCAAGAUUGUGUGGAGCCAAGGCAAAACCCUCACCUAGGCUGAAGAAACCGUUAUACCUCUCAGUGAAUAGGUUCCCUGGGUAUGAAGAUCUAAGAUGGCUACCAUCUGAAUCAGAAGGGGGAUAUAGCCCUGAAGUGAAGUUAUGAGGGGCCCAAGAUGUUACAGACUGGUGCCCUUCCAUUAGGCCAGAAGUGGGGAACCUUUGGCUUUCCAACGGUUGUUGGGCUGCAGCUGUUGGCCAUGCUGGCUGCGGUUGAUGGGAGAUGUUGUUCAUCAACAUCUGGAGAGCCAAAGGUUCCCCGCUAGAGACAGAACAUACCAUGGUACCUUUUAUCAGAAAGACAGUGGGGGCUGGCUUUCCAAAAUGGCGGUUCAGGAUAAUAGGGGAGGGGAAGUAGUAAUAAGCACAAACUUCUUAUCUCCUAGGCAGGACUAGAAGCUCUGGAAUGAGUUGUUGGGGAAGCCAUAGGGCUAAGAGAGCCCAGCUCACCCCACAUUACACAUGCUGUAUACUGUAGCUGCAUUAUGGGGGGGUCUGCUUUUCUUUCUGACAAAUCUCUUGCUUUCUGAGCUGGUUUGGGUUUUUUUUGGCCUCUCUCUAUUUCAGUUUAUCCCAUUGUAACUGUGUGUACAGUUUCUCUCUUGAGUUUUUUCUCUGCUGUCUCUUAUAUUCUUGAUUCCCCCCCCCCCCCUGUUAAGUUCUUUUCCCUUUCUCCACGCCAUCACCAUCUUAGGGCUUUUCUGCCUUGUCUGACCCAGCACAAUCAGAUAGGUUUCUGAAUGUCACAGUCCUCUUUGUGUGAUAUUUGUGCAUGCCCUAAUCUCGUGCAAAAUGGAGAAAAAUGACCUUUAAAUAUAUAUUUUAAAGGGAGUUUACAGAAUGGUGGAGAUACAGGUUGGGCAUGGCAGUAUCCCUUCCCAUUAAGUCGGUCAAAUCAAUAUGCUGUGUAUCCAGGACGAACUACAGUAAAGGUAAAGGGACCCCUGACCAUUAGGUCCAGUCGUGACCGACUGGUGUUGCGCGCUCAUCUUGCAUUAUUGGUUGAGGGAGCCGGCGUAUAGCUUCCAGGUCAUGUGGCCAGCAUGACUAAGCUGCUAUCUGGCAAACCAGAGCAGCACAUGGAAACACCGUUUACCUUCCCGCUAUAGCGGUUCCUAUUUAUCUACUUGCAUUUUGACGUGCUUUCGAAUUGCUAGGUUGGCAGGAGCUGGGACCAAGCAACGGGAGCUCACCCCGUCGCAGGGAUUCGAACCGCCGACCUUCUGAUCAGCAAGCCCUAGGCUCAGUGGUUUAACCACAGCGCCACCUGGGUCCCCUCAGAGGUACCACUGUACAUUAUGCUGAAUGCUCCAUUGCAUUUCUUCACUUUUAAAAACAGACAUGUGGAGCAGUGACUGGUUCCAAAAAAAUCCCCCGCCACACCCAAAAAUGUCUACUGGCCUUGGAAGGAAAGCUUCCAUUACUGAAAUUACUUCAGGGGGGCUUUUUAUUGGCAAGAAUCCUGCUUGCAGUUUUUGUUUUUAAAAAACCCAUCAGGUUAAUUGAUGGGACUUAAUGUAAUGUGUAGUUUAAAAUGGUGUUUGAAGCCCCUGUGGUAGGAAAGUAAGUCUUGGUUGAAGGUAUAUUCUCUCAAUUCACAUCUGGUGAUGGCUUGAUUGAGUGUGGAUUGAUCAGAUGCCCCAGGAACACUCCCAGAGUCCUCUGCAACUGGGUAGAGUCUCUGUGGCAGAUCUGCAAGGGAUGGAAAAACAAGAAAAGUGCUACAGUACCAGCCAGGGAAACCGCAUUUUGCCAGGGACCAGCGUAUUCUGGUUAAAUGCUCUGGCAGCGCAAUAGUCUUUCAAAGGAAGGGACAGAUACGAGGGGAGGUUUAGGAACAAAGUAGGAAAUGUCAUUUGUUGUGCAAACCACCACCUGCUCCAGAAUCCUGAUUUGUGCAGAAAAGCUCACUCAAGUUGAUGCUUCCAUUUUUCCUUUAGCCCAAUGCAAAUAUGGAGGAUUUGAACAAACCGAAAGCAUUACUCCAGUAUCCCAUGUUCAUUGAUUUCCUUCCCCCACCCUCCCUUUGCUCCUAUGAAUUCCAGCCCAAAGGGGUCGCUACCGAUGCUUGGGAAGCUGGUAUAGUUUGUAUUUCAAAGGA